AUGUGGAAGAAUACAAAACCAGCGCAUCUUGCCUUCCAAGCACACGAUCGACAUAUCGUGACCUGUUUACAAUUCGACGACGACAAGAUUAUAUCCGGUAGCGACAAUGCCAAUAUCAACGUAUAUGACAUCAAAACCGGAGCACUUCGAGCAAUACUCGAAGGCCACAACGGCGGUGUAUGGGGACUUGAAUAUCAUGACAAUACUCUGGUCUCUGCAUCAACAGAUUCCACCAUCCGAGUAUGGGACAUUGCGAGAGCCAAGUGCACCCAUGUGUUCCAAGGUCACACAUCCACAGUACGGAACAUAAUGAUACUAUUGCCAGUUCAAAUUGACCAGCAUCCGGACGGUACGCCAGUGAUGAUGCCCGAACAACCAUUAAUCAUUUCUGGGUCUCGUGAUUCGACCAUACGGGUUUGGAAACUUCCUAAACCAGGCGACGCGGAGUAUUUCCCUCCUGCUGAAAGUGACGAGGAAUGUCCAUACCUCAUUCGGGUAUUGACUGGUCACCAACAUUCCGUGCGAGCAAUUGCUGCGCGCGGGGAUACCCUGGUCAGCGGUAGCUACGAUCUUAGCGUGCGAGUUUGGAAAGUAUCCACCGGGGAAUCCCUUCACCAGCUACAAGGCCAUACAAUGAAGAUUUAUAGUGUAUCUUUGGACCAUAAGAGGAACCGCUGUAUCAGUGGAUCAAUGGACCAUGUGGUAAAGAUCUGGUCUCUUGAUACUGGUGCAUUGUUAUAUAAUCUGGAAGGUCACACAUCAUUGGUGGGUCUACUAGAUUUGAAAGAAGAUAUACUUGUCUCGGGCGCUGCAGACGCUACACUUAGAAUCUGGGACCCUGAAAAUGGACAUUGUCAGAGCGUGUUGGAUGGUCAUACUGGAUCGAUCACAAGCCUCCAGCACGAUGGUGAAAAGAUAAUAUCUGGCGCUGAUAUGAAUGUGAAGAUAUGGGACCUACGGACUGGUGCAUUUGAGAGGGACCUCUUCACCGACCUCAGCGGUGUCUGGAAAGUCCGAUUCGAUGCCCAACGCUGUGUUGCAGCGGUUCAACGCGACGGCGAGACCUAUAUCGAGAUUCUUGACUUCGGCGUAUCCCCUGACGCCAUGCCAUCUGACCGGCUGGGGAAACGGAUUUUAGUUGAUGAGCUAGGUAAUGAGAUCGAUGGCCCAAAGGGAGAUGAUGAUCUGAGUGAUUAA